AUGGAAAAUAACUACGAGAAGUUGAAAGUGCUGGGAGAAGGGGCCUACGGGAAGGCCUACCUGGCCACUCGCAAGGACUCUCGGCAGCCCUACGUGAUAAAGCAGAUUGACCUGAACUACCUGUCCGACCGGGACCGGGAGGAGACGAUGCGGGAGGCGCGCAUCCUCGAGGCCCUCAACCACCCCAACAUCAUCAAGUUCAAGGAGUCCUACAAGACCCGCUCCAACAAGCUGCACAUCGUCAUGGAGUACGCCGAUGGCGGGGAUUUGCACCGUCGAAUCCUCAGCUCCAAGGGGGCGCACUUUCCUGAGGAGACGAUCCUCCGAUGGUUCACGCAGCUAUGCAUCGCUAUCAAACAUAUCCACGAGAGGCGCAUCAUCCACCGCGACCUCAAGGCCCAGAACAUCUUCCUGACCAAGGAGGGCAUCGUGAAGGUGGGCGACUUUGGGAUCGCGCGGCAAUUGAUUUCGUCUCUCGAGAAGAUCCGCACUAAGGUCGGGACUCCAUAUUACAUAUCUCCGUAAAUCUGCUCCUCGCAGGACUAUUCUUCAAAGACGGACAUUUGGUCGUUGGGAGUGCUGCUCUACGAGAUGUGUGCGCUGAAACCCCCCUUCGACGCGAAGUCCUUGCCUGCGCUGGCGAUCAAGAUCAGCAGGGGCGAGUACGCUCCCGUCCCUUCCCUCUACUCCAAGGAAAUGAAAAAGCUUAUCGCUGACAUUCUCAUCGUGGACCCAACCGCCAGGCCCUCCAUCGAGCAGAUCCUUAAAAUGCCCAUCGUCAACGUGCGACUGAAGGAACUUUACGACCAGUCGGACCGCAGCAAGCCCACCAGGGGAGAGAAGUCGGACCGGCCCUUUUCCGCGAUCCAGCACCCCUGCAGUCAGAUGAGCCUGGCUGGCCUGAGCCCCCAGUCACAGACACCUACGGGUUCCAAAAACGUCGAGAUCAAUGUGCGAAGAAAGGUGCGGGAUGACAGGCACAAACACAAAGACAAGGAGAAAUCAGACAGGACUGAGCGAGUCAAGAGACUUGACAAGCGAGACAUCUCCGAGCCCGUCCUGAGCAUCAUGGGCACCAAGAUCGAGAAGUCCAUCCACGUCGAGAGGAAGAAGCCCCGCAAGGAGUGUGCAGAAGAGCAGUGGCUGGAGGAGGUGCACGAGGACCUCUAG